UUAUUAUUUCAAGAGUGUAAUAUUUAACACUCUAUAGUCCAUCAAUGGGAUUAAUUUAUUAAAUAUUAGCAUAUAGUAGUAAUAAUAAUAAUAAUUAUGCUGUUUCCCAGAAGUAAGCCAGACAUUGCUUUUGCUUUAACUGACCAAAUACCAUAAUGGUCAUAAUGGCCAGUUUGAAAGAAUAAUGAGAUAAUAACAUGAAAUGAUGAGGUAUUAAGAUGAAAUGAUGAGAUACUCUGUCAAAAUAACAAGAAAGUAACAAGCAAUUAAGUUGAAAUAAUGAGAUAAUAUCUCAUUAUUCUGAUUUAGUAAGUUGAAUCAUUUGAAAUGAGAUAUUAACUUGAAAUGAUGAGAUACUACAUCUAACAAGAUCAGUUGUAGUAACAAGAUAUUCAACUUAAAUGAUAAGAUACUAUGUCAAAAUAACAAGAUAACUUGAACUAAUGAGAUAAUUGAAAUAAUGAGAUAUUAAAUUGAAAUAAUGAGAUAGUACUUUGCAAUUUCGUUACAACUUGCAGGUCAGGGCUUAAACCGGUUAAAGCUGGUGAGCAGGCUGAAGAGAGUGAAAGUAAUCAUUUUGUAGCACAUGCACUUGGUUGACAUUUAUUUAUCUAAUUGUAGUUGUGAUAAGGUGAAGAUAAACAUACUCUAAUAUUGAGAAUAUUUAAAUGUGUACACUAAACGUCCAGAUGAAUAAUAAAGAUGACAGUGUGACUUUGCCGUGUCUUCCUAUAGAUCUCGGUUCCUCUCUCCGUGUCUCAGCUGUUGUAGAUGUUUCUCUCACACCGAGCCGUUUGUGGCUCAGAUGCAUGAACGUGGCGUCUGAGCGAGCAGCUGGCUCAGCCUUGCUUUCUGUUUACACAGCUGUAGCGAUUAUCAUAAAGAGACAGAACUGAUGUCACACACAACCAGGUGUGUGUUCAUGGGUAAAUCAAUUCACAGUGUGAUAAUCACACUUUAUUUUUAGGCCCCUUAAUAGAAGUAAGGAAUAAAACACACACAACAUGUGGUGCUGUUAUAGGAAAAUAAUGAACGAUGAAAUAGCGUGAUGAAGCAGAGUUGCAGGCAGUUUGUAAGGAUUUGCAAUAUGUAAAAAGGAUUUGAAUAUGAAUUUGAUAUACUCUAAUUAAAUAUGCGUCACAUUAAAUUAAAGUCAUUUUUAUGACUUUAAACACAAAUGACUUUAAACACUUUUCACACAAAUAUAUAUUUUUGUGUUUUUUUUUUCUUGUAAGUAAGUAAUGUUAGUUAGGGAAAGUUGUAUAAUGCAUUUUAUAAACACAGAAACAGUGUUAUAUAAAUCCAUGAAAUUAAUUCUUAUGACAUUUUUUACACAUUUUGACAGUUUGAAACAGUUUUCAGCUUUGAAACCAAAGGAACUCGCAUAGCAUUUGUACAUAACGCAGCUGCUUAACGGCUUGUAAUCACAUGACCCCACUUUCAGCUUCUCUUCACUAGCUGCUUGUGUAUUACAGGAUUUACUUUAAGCCUCUGUUAUUUGUUUUUAAGCUCUUAAUGGGUGAGACGUCUCUUAUACCGCCGACUCACUUGCCUUAUUCUGCACCAACGUCCCCAAAGACUUCGGAUCGGUUACUUUUAGCUGUUCCAUGUUCCAGGUUGAAGUAUAAGGAUGGCUGUGGAAUAGUUUGUCAUGGCUCUGCAUGAUGUAAUGUGCUUUAUAAAUAAAUGUUGGUUACUUACUGGCUUACCUUUGGGAUUAUUCAUGUAUCUGUACGGCUAGAAUGAACAUAAUUCAUUAUUUCUCACAAAGUCCUCUCACAAUCUUUCUCAUCUGCCAUUUUCAACACCAUGUAUCAUUUAAAUCUGCUCCAUAUUUACUCCAUAGCACAUAAACACUAUGAAUGAAAUAUUCAACCUGAUGCAAUUUAAUUCAAAACACUCUAAAUAUUUUUACUAGCUGUCAUUUCCCAACCAUAGAUACUCUUUGGGAUUCAGUGCUGCAUACGGAAAUGCAACCCAAGCCGGGAAUGUUACAGGAACGCUCUCGCAUCACGCAAUGCACUUGUUAUAUUUACUCCUCGGAGGCGGGAUGCUAUUUUGACCAGUCUGUUGCCAGACCACUUCAUCAUAUAUCACUGCCUGCUCGGGAUAUUUCUACUGCAGAGGCUUUAAACACACCCCGGUGUUGAGAGCUUUGAAAAACAGCCAUGGCCGUCUGUCCGAGAGCUUUGUUUCGCUUGUGAUUUGCCACAUUUCUGAUUUUAUGACUCAAGUUCUCCUCUGAUGGCUUAGAGCAUUUUCCAAGUCAGAUUCACAGCAAUGUGGAGCCGUGUGUGUUGUUUCAGCAAGACAUGAAUCAUUACCUGACCAGAACACAGAGAAGAAACAGAAACGCUUCCCCGUGUUAACUGAUACGAGAGAAACGUUACUAUUAAAAUGACUGCUGUGAUGGAACACGAAUCAACAACUUCUGGCCAAUCACAUCUGAGAAUUUAACAGAUAUUAUACACAUAAUUAUCUACACUAUCUUUCUAAAUUAGUAGUUAACUCAGAUUUUAAAAAAAAAUUAUUUUUACAAGUGAAAUAUUAUUAUUAUUUUGAAUAUCAUUAAUAAAUAGCACUAUGUAUUACUAUUUAUUAAACAUAUUUAUUAAUAUUGUCAUUACUAUAUAUCAUUGCUAUUAUUUAUUAUAUAUAUCACAAUUGUUCCAUCCUGAACUGCAUCCAGCUGCUAUUUCUACCUCCACUGUAAUGUAAAUUACAACUGAGCCUACCAUUUCCGCUUAAGGUGCAAUAUUUGUAUAUUAGGAUGGUAAUUGUGUUGUGUUGUCUGAGAUGUGUGUGUUGAAUGUAUCGUGUUGGGACCAAACACCAAGUAAAAAUUCCUAAUACAUGUAAAAGUAUAUGGCAAAUAAAACGCUUCUGAUUCUAAUAGUUUGAUGCUAACAGAGCUUCUAAAUGUAACGCUUUUGACAUCUGUUUUUAUUUCCUCGGUUAUAUAACACAAUCCUGUCACAAGGCCAAGGACGGAGCAGACAUUGACUCACAGAUUAGCGACAGCACCUCUGGCUGUGAAUCAUACAGUCUGCUGUAUUCAGAGUCUCAGAGCCGAACGCAGUGUCCUCGCUUUCCUUCAGGCUGACAGUGCUGAGAGAGCCGCUACGCCAUGGUGACUGAUUUCAGCCGUCCUCAGGCUUUUUUUACACACACAUGCAUACACUCUGAGUUUCCCGAAAACACAAAGAUCAUCGCUAAAUGUUAGAGCGAACAAUGUCAGGAGGACGUCAUUGCUGUUUAAAGACAUGCAAAUGUAUCCAAAUAUAUCAAGACCUUUACAUUUUUGUCACAAUUACAAAGAUAAUCACAAACAUUAAGAUAAAAUUGGCAAGUUAGUAAUAGGGUGCACUUUCUAACAGACUGUAGCAUUUGACUGGAGACAUUUGAGUCAAACACUCAUUUCAGUUAAAUGACUCAUUGAGAUUCAUUCACCAAUUCGUUCAAGUUGAAUGAUUUGCCCAAAUGUUCAGCCUGCUCACAACAAACAGCUUAAACAGUGUACAAUUACAAGAUUCACUGAGUCAAACACUGACCUGAUGAACCAGAGGGGAGUGAAUCUUGUCUGUGAUGAAAGAGUCACCGAGUCAAACACUGACCUGCUGAACCACAGGGGAGUGAAUCUCGUCUGUGAUGAAAGAUUCACCGAGUCAAACACUGACCUGCUGAACCACAGGGGAGUGAAUCUCGUCUGUGAUGAAAGAUUCACUGAGUCAAACACUGACCUGCUGAACCAGAGAAUGAAUAUCAGACACGACAAAAGAUUCACUGAGUCAAACACUGACCCAUGAACAAGAGAGGAAUGAAUGUUGGUCAUGAGUGAAAGAUUCAUUGAGUCAAACACGGACCUGAUAAACAAGAGAGGAGCUAAUCUUGGUCAUGAGUGAAAGAUUCACUGAGUCAAACACUGACCCACUGAAAUCUUGUCCAGGGUCUAAAGAUUCACUGACUCAGACACUUAACAAGACAGCAAAUAUCAGCCAUAAUGAAAGAUUUACUGAGUCAAACACUAUCCAAGUGAAUCAGCUGAGUCAAACGUCAUAAAGUUGGUUAUAGAUACAUAUGCAAAUACAGCGCUUUGGCUUCCACGUUUCAAUGUUGUGGUUUGUAAUAUUGAAGCCAAUCAGCAGCAACUUUAUGACAGGAAUGACUCAUGUGCAUGGCAGUGACUGAUACCAAUUAAUUGUGGGAAUCCUUCAAAAAGAUAGAAGUGUUUACAAAUGAAAUAUAUCUACUGUCUAGCCCCAAGGCCAGGACUAAAGGAAUGUCCCCAUCUGCACAAUACUCUGAUUCUCUAGAACUGUUUCCUGUCGCCAAUCUGUAUUUACUUCUUGUAUUUACUGAUCUUUAUCUCCUCUUGGUAGUUUAUUUCAUACAUGAUGGCUCUGAUAAGAGGUUUAGUAGUCUAAACUGGAGCUGCUGGUCCCCUAACUACUGAGAAGAAACGAGAGGAGGAUGGAGGACUCUGCUAAUCGCUGCUAUCUUUGACUGUAAUAAGCCUAUAGAGGAUGGCGAUUUCUCACUCAGAAGAAACAGAUGCAGGUCGACUCGGGUUACGGCUCGGGUUCUCUCUUACUUCUUGUUCUCUCUCAGCCUUUCCCUCUUUAGUUAAGUUUCCAUCUAGUAAAUGUGGUUCAUUGUGUUUCUAUCGACUACUUUUCUGUUAAAUGACAUCAUGAUGCACACAGUCAUGGAGAGAUUUUCUCAGACAGAAGGGUUGCCAGGUUUCAACUACAACUACUUCAGAAACCACACAAAAAGACCUGAAACUAGCCCAAAAAGUCUGGCCAUUGGAAAGGGAGAAGCGUUUUCUUCCUUUUCUUGGUCUUUGCAAGGGAAACAAGUUCACCAUGGUGUGCACGCAUUUCUGAUUUGUAGUAUGUGUGACUUUUUUUCAUCACCUGGUACAGCCAUAAUCCACUCCAUAAUCCCCCUUUCCUUCUCCCAAUCGUUGCAAUAUAUCAUUCAAUAGAAAUGUUCCUGUUCAUUGUAAAUACACUGUCUGUCUGCACAUACACUUUUAUUCAUCAUCGCCUAUGGUUGCAGAAAUUGGUAAGAUGUAUGUUUUUUGCCUUAUUAACUUCAAGACAGAGAAAAAAAGAGAGUGAGUGUUUAUAGCUGCUAUAACGUAAGAGAUCUUGUUUUUCAGAUGUUGGACAACAUUACGUGUAACUAUAAACAGAUAAAAAAACUAAAAACAAUUCAUGCUUCUAAAGGAAAGUAAUCAACUUGGUGGUAACUCUUAUAGAUACAUCAUAUGCUGUGGAAUAUUCAGGAAAAAAGCUACUUCCUGUUAUCAUUUUAAAAGUAGCCAGAGAAAGAAGUCAACCUUAAAGAGUUAAAAUGGAGGACACACAGGAAAUGGUGAAUAAAUUCCCUUCUCAAGGGAGAUUCAGGCUAAAUGUCUUUCCUCCUAACUCCCUGCUCGCUCUCUCAUCGGGUUUCUCACGUGCUCAUCAGUUAGUUUACAUUACGCUCUCCAGAAGUCUGAGCAGAGAAACAUCACUGCUGGAGACAGACGAGGAGAGAGACAGAGAGAGAGAGACAGAGAGAGAGAGAGAAGGAGAGAGAGACGAGGAGAGAGACAGAGAGAGAGAGACAGAGAGAGAGAAACGGAGAGAGAGUCAAGCUGUGUGCUGCUGCUUGCUUUCCUCAGAAUGAGGGAAAUUAUGGAGUUUACGUUUCUAUGUGCAGGACCAAUGAAGACAGACCUGACACUUCUGACUCGAUAAAACUCACUCAGGCCAAAAUGGACCCAGACUCCCUGGACUCCUCCAUCCAGAGCUCUCUCUCUGCUCUCUACCCUCCAUUCGAGGCCACAGCUCCCACCAUCCUCAGCCAACUAUUACAUGUCAUUGAGGGUCGUUAUGGCGGCGAUUCCCUUCAGUGCCUAAUCGACUUCCUGAUCCCAGCCAGGCGACUCCUGGAGAGGGUGCGCCAGGCAGCUUGUGUGCCAUAUUCGGACUUGGCGUUCCAUUGUUCGGGCUGGCCGCUCUGCCUGUAUGACCACGUUAUAAUCCAUCUCGCUCCCAUCAACCCACUGCUGCUCUCGAUUGAAGACUUUUACCUACAGGUGGUGCCGUUUGAGAAGCAAGCAGCCCGUAUUGUGGUUCGGAGCCUGUUGGACGAGGAGCAGCAUGAUUUGGAGGAAACUCCAAUACCAGAGAACUCAUUUAGCCGUAUUUUCACUCAGGACUGGCUAAAAGAGCUCAACGUAGGCAGGCAUGAUGAAAGGCUGCUCAGUCACUGUGUGCUGGCUACUGAGCAGUGCAUAGUGAAGGUGUCUUGGGAUCAGGUGGCUUACCCAGAGUUUGAGAACCAGCCACAGCUCAUGGAUUCUUCUGGUAGUUCUAAUCAACAGGAGCCUUUGAAAGGUCCUUCCUGGCAGGGUUAUUCAGUUGAAACCAGGAUCUGUCCUGCUAAGGAUGGUAUUGCAGUGUCUUUGUGUUUGGUAGACAGCUCCAGGCAGAGUGAGAUGAAUCAAGCCAUGCCGGAGAUGAGGCCACUUGGCUGGGUGUCUCCUAAUAUUUGGGACAGUCGCAGUAAAGGGUGUUUUGUGGAUGAGGAUGUAAACGAUGUGGACCUUAUCAAAGGAAAGGAUGAUUUAGGAGACUCUCAGACAUGUGCUCAACCUAAAACUUGUUUGCUAAGGCCGCACAGGGUCACACCUCCUGUUGGCCGUGAUCAUACAGCCCAUGAUCGUCGCACCUGUGGACGUACUGUAAGGUUUGCAGAGCCGCCUUGCACUCCUUGCCUGAGGAGGAAGCAUGGACAGGGAACCAAGAACCAAGAAUGCCGCUACAAGGAGUACUGCAGGGAAGAACAAUGUUCUGUUAGAAUUGAAAAUAGGCAAAAAGAACCAAAUCUCUCUGAGAGAACAGCGAGGACAGACCAUCUCCACAGACCAGUUCAGAAACAGUUUCCACAGAUUCAAACUAUAAAUAAUAACUCCAGUGAAAGUCACGGAAAAGUUCCUGAUAAUUCUCAGGGUACCUUUGCAGACAUGACAGAACUGAGCGACGGAACCAUCGCCUGUAUCACCCCAACCGUGGAUGAAACAGAAUCAGAGAAAAGUCACAUUGUUGUCCAAGGAUAUCCCAGUGAAGGAAAAACAGACAGCAAAACAGAAAUGAUCCCAGGGUUACGUAUAGCUCAUGGAAAAAAGACCACAACUUUUGGACUUGUGUCACCAAAGUUAAACAUACGAAAACCACCAACGCAAGAAGAAGGUCAGGACCAUAAAAAUCUUCCCCUUCUUGCUAAGGGAACUUGCACAAAUAAAACUGUAUCCUUAUUACACCAUACUGAUAUAAAUAAGCCUGGAAAGAGAUCACCAUUCCCAGCUCCAUCAAAACCAGAGACCUGCCUCCUGCAAGCAGGACUUUCUUGCCUUACAGGUGGCAGAGAUCGCUCAAACAGAGUCGUAGUGGAGGUUUAUGGUGAUCACCAGCACUGGAGGUCUCCUCUGCUUUCCAACCAGGCACUCUCUAAACUUCUGCUUUAUUUCCACACCAUCAUUAGGAAGGAGGAGAGAGAGCUUGGAAUGACCAUUGUGUACGACAGCCGUAAGAUACCACCACACCCAGAAUUCUCUGAAGCUCUGCAGAUGGUGCAGGAGCAGGAUCCAAAAGCAAUCCACUGUGUGCUACUGCUGAUCAAUAAGGAGAAAAGUCACAACCCCAAGAAAUACCCUGGAGACAUGGAGGUUGUGACAUCCCUCAAAGGCCUUCACAGAUAUAUAGAGUACAGCCAGCUGAGCCCGGCCCUAGAAGGCACUUUUCUUUACAGUCACAGAAACUGGCUGCAUCUUCAUCAAGAACUGUAUCCAUUUGUGUUUGCCAUGAAGGAAGCAACAAAUUUGCUUCUAGAAGCCAUAAGGAAGUUAGAAGGGGUCCGUAAAAUAGACACUGCUCAGGAUGUACAGCAGUGUAUUAAUGACCAAAGGAUUCUAAUGAAGGAUGUGCUUGAAGACACCCAAUUGGUUACCUUACAAAGGGAAGGCGGAGCCUUGUUGGCCAGGUUGAGAGGGGAGAGUGAUGUAAGAUCAGCACACUAUGAGACAAGCUGUAAUGUCAUGGAUACUGUGGAUUCCCUUUACACUGAGGUAGAGGAACACGUCCAUGUGCUGGUGAGAAGGUCCAACAUAUCAUUUCAACACCUUGGCUUCUUGCUACAUCUCAGGAAGAUGGAAUCAAGGUUCAUGGAGAUAAAGGAGUGGUUUGAUGUGGAAGGAGAGAGACGAAUACUUGAGGCUGAAUCUGCAGAGGAACCAAGCAGGAGCUUUGAAGAGAUUCUCCAGUGUUUAACCACUGUCCUCUCUGAAGCUAAUGAACAUAAGCUUCAGGCAAUGAUGUUACUAAAUGAAGCAGAAAGCAUCCAGGGACCAAACUAUCCUGAGACAGAAGUGUUCCACAUAAUGAUAUCCACAUUCAAAUCCAACUUGUCUGAAUUCCUGUCUCAAGCAGAGCAGUAUUGUGAUGAGCUGGAGACUACGCUAAAUUUGUGCCACUUCUGUGAGAGGGCAAUUGAGGUGGCCAUAGACUGCUCUCAGCAAUUGGAAGAAGAGAAACUGCAGUGCAUGAACCAUCAAGAGAAAUGGGCUGCUCUUCAGGGAUGCCACGAAAAGCUUAGCCAGUUUUCCCCUGAACUCUUCCAGGAGCUAAAGACCCAGGCCUGCUCUCUGCACAACCCCUGGGGGAGGAAGGUGUGGAACAUAACUUGGUUAAGGUGUCAGGAGGUCAGUCAGCAGUUGGAGGACACUCUGCAGGAGCUGGAGCAAGACCAACAUCCUUCUGUACCUGUAUCGUUACAGUAUGAAUGGCAUGAACAGGAGAGCACUGAUGGAGGGCCACAGCUUCCACAGCCUGACACACAUCAGAACUCACUUAAAUGCCCAGAAGUCAAGGUCAGGCAGAAUCGAGACAGCAUCCACGGCACGGUGAGCUGCUUCAACAUCAAUUUCAGGCAAUCCCGUAAAGGACGUAAAGGGUCCAAAAUGGCUCCAGUUGCAGAUUCUGACCAGAACUCACCCAGAAAAACAGCCCAUGACCACAGGCAGACAACAGUUGCAGGCUCGGACACAGUUGGUUGCCAGUGGUUCCAUUGGCACCAAAACUCAACCAAAUAUACUAAGGAGGACUCUUCUUCAGCCUCCAGUUCCUUUAAGAUUCAGAUCCUACCACCUACCUUGACUGAAUCUAAGACCUCAGCACCCAUCUGCUCCAAUUCCCAAAUCUCAGGACCUACCUGCUCUGGAGCUCAGACCUCAGUGCUGCAAAACCCAAUACCACUUUCUGGUAGCUUAUGUUUGGAAACUUCGGACUGUGAGGCAAGGCACCCUGAAAAUACUUCCCACUCUGAAGAGACUGCCAGCUGGGGGAAUGAGGCAGCAAACACCCUGUCAAGUCCUGGCAUGGAAAGCAACACUAUUCUCUCCCACAGGAAGCUGCAAUGUAUCAUGGAGGAAUUGUUGUUGACAGAGCUGGAGUAUGUAAGAUCUCUGGCUUACAUCCUGACUCAUUAUCUCCCCCUGCUGGCCCAGCCAGAUGUGCCUCCAGACCUGAGAGGCCAGCGUGGAAGGAUCUUUGGGAACCUAGAGAAACUAUAUGACUUCCACUGCCAUUACUUCCUGCAGGAACUUGAGGCUUGCCGGACAGAACCACUUCGGGUGGGCCGCUGCUUCCUCAAACAUAGAGAGAAUUUUGGGCUGUAUGCUCUCUACAGCAAGAACAAGCCUCAGUCAGAUGCUUUGAUCCAACAGCAUAAGUUCUUCAAGUGUAAGCAGCUGGAGCUGGGAGACAGCAUGGAUCUAUCCUCCUACCUGCUGAAGCCAGUGCAGAGGAUCAGUAAGUACAGCCUGCUGCUGCAGGAGAUGCUGGAGGAAUGUGGAGCGGCACAUGAUGCAGAGCGCCUGGAGAUCCAGGGUGCCGCGGAGGUGGUCCGAUUCCAGCUACGCCACGGAAACGACCUGCUUACCAUGGACGCCAUCCAGGACUGUGAUGUGAACUUACAGGAACAAGGCCAGCUAAUUCGGCAAGAUGAGCUCUAUGUGACAUUUCGCAAGAAGCGUGUUUUGCGACGAGUGUUUCUAUUCCAGGACCUUAUUCUGUUCACCAAGGCGAAGAAAACACACCGUGGAGAUGUUGUGUAUGUCUACAAACAGUCUUUCAAGACAUGUGACAUUGGACUAACCCAGAACUGUGGACAGAGUGGCUUGUGCUUUGAGAUCUGGUUCAGAAGAAGAAGAGCCCAGGACACGUAUACACUUCAGGCAGAGAGGAAGGACAUGAAAGAGGCCUGGACUGCAGACCUGGAGCGCAUUCUGUGGGAACAGGCCCUGAAGAACAGAGAGUUGCGGAGACAGGAGCAGGUGUUCAUGGGAAUGGGUAGUAAACCUUUCAUGAAAAUUCAACCCAGAGAAGCAGCCGUCCAUGACAGGACCAUCACCUGCUUCCUGCAAGAAGGAGAGAUUGAAGGAUUAAAACUGCCAAAUCUCACAACACCCAGACUUCAGAGUGACACACCGCUGCCACGACCAGAAUCGAUCGGCUCCACCUCAGGCAGCCAAUCGUCUUCCUCCUCUGGCCGAGGCUCUUUGUCCCCUAGCGGUUUCCGUGAAAACCCGGCGCCUGAAAACAGCCACGGAUCUCAGAUACCUCAGAUCAGCCAUCGGGGCAAUAGCCACGCGAGCACAGACUCUCCGGGUCGAUACGGAUCGCGUGUGUGUGGUACCUCGGGUUCCUGCAGUGCUACAGGAGGGAGGAUUACGACGCCUGCUGGUACCCAGCUGCAGCACACCUCACCUGCCUUAUCCAGGAAAAAAGGCCUCAGUAGCACUGCACACAAAAUACACGGCUCAUAUUUUGCAGAAGGAUAGACAACGGAUUUGCUCGCUGCUUAAUGGUGCUGAUAUUUGUUCUGAAAUAUACCGUAUGUUUGUCAUCUUUUUCAACACACUAAUUUCCAUACAACUUAUAGUGAGCCCCGUUUCAGUAAUUCACUUGCUGACUAGGAACCAAAAGCCAGCAAAUCUUUCUAAAUAAACAUCUCAGUGAUAACUGAAUUUUAAUGUAAAUUUAACCUCUGAGACUGAGCCUUGGUUGUAUAAACUAUAAAAACUAAUUAGCCAAGGCCCAAAUGGAUAUGAUAUUUAAUCAAAGCACAUGGAGUCAACUCCAGAAUAAUUGGCAUCCUUUAUUAAAAAUAUUUAUAUUAUGCAAAAUAAACAUCACACACAAUAAUUCAAAUCACGUUUUUAAAAAUUAUACUUUCUCUUAACAUAUUUUGCAAAGAUCUUGAAACCCGUAUGGAAUAUAUAAAGUAACAGUAUAUUGUCAUGCUUGAAAAAGAUAUAUUUCUAUAUAAAACUAUAUAUUAUUUCUAAUUUGCUCUCGGUUCUUUGGAAGUUGUCUAAUAGCAUAUCCUGUUUCUUCUGUGGGGAAUUGAUAUGAUGAGAUCAUGUAAAAUCUAAUCAUCAUACGUCAGGUCACCAUGGAGAAAAGCAAAACUCUUUCAGAAAAAAGUUGUCGCCCUGCACACAUCAGGUAACUGAUCAUUCCAGAGAAGUGUGUGCAGGGUUACUGAAGGUUACACCAGAAACGAGUCGGAAACACUUUCACACAACAAAAGCAUUCAUUAAAGCACAGUCCAUAUGCUAAUAUCAUAUUUAACGCUGGAAAAGGUGUUUACUGAAAGAAUACUGUAUGAAUAAAUGAUAUGAAUUAAUGUUACUGAAUGGAGGCACUGGUUGGAGGAGUUUUAUAAAUGUCGUAUAUUUUUGCAUGGAGGGAUUUUCUAAAGACAGCCUUUAAAUGUCAAAAUAACUGGUAUUUUACAACGCAGCAACUAUUUUUUAAACACUUUUUCUAUUUGUUGAAUUAAAUAAAAUAAUGUACAUUGCUCUUGUAUAGUAUUUUUCUGCAUGUGUAUAAUUUAAUAGAAAUAGAAAAGAACAUCACAUUUAUUUACAACACUCAGAAAUCCAAAUGUUUCUUUGUAAAAAAAAAAAAAAAAAAAAAAGUUCAAAAAUAAAAAGUGUUAUUGGAUAAAUGACUGGUUUCCUUUCUUCAUAUAGCAAUUUUAGGUUUGCAUAACGCUUUCAGAAGGUUAUAGGUUUAGGAACUUGUGUCAGGUUUUCCAGGUGUGAUGAGAACGUU